AUGCGUCGCUUCCUCAAGGCAAAGGCGAUAAGCGCCCUCGCCCUCCUCACCAUCGUAGCGACGCUCCAGCAGGCAUCAGCUUCGACACCACGCUUGAAUCGCAUCGAUUUUGACCUCCAAGGGAGAGACCCUUCCCUUCAAGAUGCCUUGCCUUUGUUCACCGACAACUUUGCCCGCCGCUCGCAUCCUCGUCUGGCUAGACGUCAAGAUCCGGCACCAGCACCAGCACCGACGGCUGCUGCCCUAGAGAUGCCUUCUCAGGCCACGCAAGACGCCGUCGUCACGCAAGCUCCCACAGAUCCCAUCGCUGCCGCUCAGGCCGUAGAGCAGAUUCCCGGUGUCGCGGGCAACGCCAACGGCAACGCAGACACGUCGGGCAACCUCUUGCAAGGAGACGGCUACUACAACUACCCAUGGAACAACGCCACCUACUUUGCACCCAACGCCAACACCAACGGUUCGGACGAGGGCGGCUGGCAGGAGCUUCCUGACGUCCCUGGCUUUACCUUGAAUCGCACUUUCACCGUUUACAACGUGUUCGGCAACGAAUCCGGUGUGCUACCUUUUUACGCGACCAACAACCCGGAUCCCACCAAGGUGCUUCGUGCCAUCGUCGUUUGGCCUGGUAAGCCACGCGACGUUUGGAAGUACGCCAACCUCAUGAUGAAUGCUCGAAGUGUUGCCGUCUCCGACAACUUUGCUCAACAAGGCGCCACCAACGACUCGUUCCUCAUCCUCGCCCCCGCCAUGUUGAACCAGAUGGACCUUCAAGCCGGUGCUGCGAGAUCCAACGAGAUCGUCUUCCACGGUUCCGGCUGGCAGCGUGGAGCAGGUUGCAGAAACCCCGUGAUGAGGCAUCGCGUCACCAGCUACGCCGCCGUCGACCAGCUCAUCGAGACCCUCUUCAACAAGAAGACCUAUCCGAACCUCAACCAGGUCGUCGUGGCAGGUCACUCGAUGGGAGGCCAGGCCACUCAGCGAUACGCGCUCAUGAAGAAGACCAAGGCGUACGACAACAAUAUACGCUUCUGGAUUGGCAACCCAGGUUCGUGGGCGUGGCUCAUCGACUCGCGCCCCUACAUGAACGUCAACGACACGUGUCAGGCCGGCGACGAAUGGGACACAUGGCCGUACGGACUCAAUGGCAACCAGUCCAAGAUCACGCCCUACGCGCGACGUGACGUGCUUGCCAACAAGACCGCCGUCAUCAACCGCUUCCUCAGUCGUCAGAUCUCGUACAACUUUGCCUUGCUCGACGUGGGUCUCGGAGACUCGCACUGCCAAGCUCGAUGGCAGGGAGGCAACCAUUUGGACCGAGGUUCCGAGUUUGCGUUGCAGUUCUCCAACACUACAGCUUUCCCCGCCCUGGGGGGCAAAUUCCCGAUCAAGCACACGCUCGACUACGUCGCCAACGCUACGCAUCAAGACUACGCCAUGUACUCGGCCAACACGUCAAUUCAGCGACUCUUCUACGACGAUCUCAUGGUUCGCAACGCCAACAUCACCAACACUACCAACCCAGGUGACAAGAAGAAGAAGGUCAAGGGUGUCAAGGCCUUUGCAACACCGGCGCACGAAAAGGUGGCCAUCGGCCUGCUGGCAGGCUCGCUUGGUCUGGUUUUCAUUAUCUUUACCGCGCUUCCGAUCAUCUUUACCGCGGAUCAUGUCAAGGACAUUGACAUGUCGUGGGACGCUCAAAGCUAUUUGAGUUCCGAGUCGAGGAGGAUGCUCGUGGAUCGCAAGUGGUAG